AUUGCCCAUGCGAUUUGAUGGGACUAGAAACAGAGAGACACACAAAGAGUGAGAGAUAGAGAGACAUAGAGAGAGAGAGAGAGAGAGAGAGAGAGAGAGAGAUAGAUAUAUACAGGAUGGGUGAUGGAUAUUUAGUGCUUUGUAGCUAUUGCAUUGCCGUACUCGAUUUGGCAUCAGCUCUGCUCUUUGCCAUUGUCUCUGGCAUGGUCUAUGCGAAGCAUGGCCAUUGGACCUCAAUGGCGGCUUUGGUAUUCACCAUCCUCUGGAUAUGCCUCAUAAUAAUGCUCCUGUUGGGAAUCUAUUGGCGUCGGGUGAGUUUCGUACGUUAUUGGCUGCUUUUUACCUGCUUGGGCAUACUUUUGGAUGGUUUUCUCUUGCUUUAUGGCCUUACACUGGCCAUAUCAGUGAAUUGGGAGGGCAUUAAGAUCACAGUGUUGCCUUUUGUGGGCUUAGCUGUGGAAAUGACAUUUGUCUAUAUUAUAUACAUAUUCUACUUGCAUCUCAAAGACCUCGAUGAAGCCAAACGAGUUCAAGGGGGUGCAGAAUAUGAUUAUCAAGAACAAAAUAAUGAGCAGUAUGAGCUGAAGGAGCUGGAUAAAAAAGACAAUUUGCAGCAUAUAAAAAAGCUAAUUGAAGAGCAUAACGAUGAGGAAAAGGCAAUGCUUAAGGAAAUGCAGCACAAUCUAUCUGCUGAUUGGGUAUAAGAAGCAAGAGACACAGAGAGAGAACGAGGGAGUCAGCGGAACAAAGAGAUAAUUUGCUAUUUUUGCUUUAUU